AUGGCUGCCCGUCCGACGCAUUCUCACACGGGUGCCCUCCUGCCGGCCAUCCUGAUGCUCCACGGUGGCGGGUCCAACAGCACGGUGUUCAAGAUCCAGUGCCGGCGGCUGAUCUGGAACCUGGAGAAGCAGUUCCGGUUCGUGUUCGUGCAGGCGCCCAUCGAGGGCACGCCGGGGUUCGGCAUGCUGCCCGUGUUUGCGUCCUGCGCGCCCUUUUACCGCUGGGUGACCCGCAAGUUCAAGGCCGGCGAGAGCGACCAGGAGGCCACGCCGCAGGACGAGGUCGAAGCGGUAGAUAGCGUCAUCCUGCAGGCGAUGGAGGCCAACGGCGGCGUCGACAGCUUCAAGGGCAUCAUUGGCUUCUCGCAAGGGGCACGCCUCGUCCCCGGCCUGCUGCUGCGCCAGAAGAUCCAGGAGCGCGACGCCGGUGAAAGUCGCUGGAAAUUCAAGUUCGGCGUCAUGAUUGGCGGCCCGUUCCCGCCCAUCUCCCUCUCCGAGUCGGUCAACGUGCAAGACUACGACCUCCUCAAGCAGGUGCCGACCGUCCACGCCUGGGGCCGCGACGACCACGUCAAGCCCGGCUGCGUCGAGCUGAUGAAGGCCUGCGAGAGCGACAACUGCUUCCAAAUGGAUUUCGAGGGUGGUCACCAUCUGCCCCUCAAGGACGUCGAGGCAAAAGACCUGUGCGACCUGAUCAUGGCGGCGUGGUACGCGGCUGGAGGCACAUACGGCGUCAGCGCCAACGAGACGUAUUGA